GUGAAGGCUGAGAGGUGGCAGGAGUUCCAUUUCAGAGGCAAUUUUCCCCUUGCACAAAAGAACUCCCAGAAUAAGAGCAAAAAGCGCCUCACAAACUGCAACCAUGAACGGGACAGAAGGCCAAGACUUCUACGUGCCCAUGUCCAACAAGACCGGGGUGGUGCGGAGCCCCUUUGAGUACCCCCAGUAUUACCUGGCUGAGCCUUGGAAGUUCUCGGCGCUGGCUGCCUACAUGUUCAUGCUGAUUCUGCUCGGCUUCCCCAUCAACUUCCUCACGCUGUACGUCACCAUCCAGCACAAGAAGCUCCGCACACCUCUGAACUACAUCCUUCUGAACCUGGCCGUCGCCGACCUCUUCAUGGUCUUCGGAGGCUUCACAACCACCAUGUACACCUCCAUGAACGGGUACUUUGUCUUUGGAGUUACAGGGUGCUACAUCGAAGGCUUCUUUGCCACACUGGGCGGUGAAAUUGCUCUCUGGUCACUGGUGGUCCUGGCUAUUGAAAGAUACGUAGUGGUCUGCAAGCCCAUGAGCAACUUCCGCUUUGGAGAGAACCAUGCCAUCAUGGGUGUUGCCUUCUCCUGGAUCAUGGCCUUGGCAUGUGCAGCUCCCCCACUUUUCGGCUGGUCCAGGUACAUCCCUGAGGGCAUGCAGUGCUCGUGCGGGAUCGACUAUUACACUCUGAAGCCAGAGGUCAACAAUGAAUCUUUUGUCAUCUACAUGUUUGUGGUUCACUUCAUGAUCCCGCUGUUGAUCAUUUUCUUCUGCUAUGGGAACCUGGUUUGCACAGUCAAGGAGGCUGCCGCCCAGCAGCAAGAGUCUGCCACCACCCAGAAGGCAGAGAAAGAAGUGACUCGCAUGGUCAUCAUCAUGGUCAUCUCCUUCCUGAUCUGCUGGGUGCCCUAUGCCAGCGUCGCCUUCUACAUCUUCACCAACCAGGGAUCAGACUUCGGGCCCAUCUUCAUGACCAUCCCGGCAUUCUUUGCCAAGAGCUCGGCCAUCUACAACCCUGUGAUCUACAUCGUAAUGAACAAACAGUUCCGUAACUGCAUGAUCACAACCCUCUGCUGUGGCAAGAACCCACUGGGUGAUGAGGACACAUCUGCUGGCAAGACAGAGACCUCCUCCGUCUCCACCAGCCAGGUCUCUCCUGCAUAGGCCCCAUGGGAGCAGCAAGUCCCUGGGGUGCUACCCUGGCAGCACAAACUUAACCCCACUGCUGCCACCACCUGCUCCUGCUUCACCAUGGCCAAGGCCCUGUGGAGUGGGCUCCUCGCUCCUGGCUCUAGGAACCCUGGGAACAAGGCUGAAAAUGUGUACACAUGUUUUGUAAUUAAAAUGCAAAGGCUUAGCUCCUCUGGCGUAAAUCCAUGCAUUUCUGUUGACUUGCUGAGACCUCAUGCCCCUUCUCUGAGUGCAGGCUGGGUCAGAGGGCUCAAGCCUGGGGCCAUGGCAGAGCUGUCCUUGCCUCCCCCAACCCACCCUAACACCCCAGCCAGGGCACGUUCUGCAUCUGCUGCUGCCGGGGCCAGAGCUGUGGCCACUUUCUGGUCCUUUUGUCAGAGAUGGAUCCUAGCCAGUGCUGCCAGUCGCUCAGCCCCAUCACACUCUGUCUGCCCAGAGCAGGUUUGGCUGCUGCAAAGUGCCCCGGCUCUGCCAGGUGCUCCCAGCUCUGGCC